AUGAGCUCGCCAACUUCCUCCCUUCGCCAUGAAGACUUCACCGUAGCCUGGAUCUGCGCCUUGCCCGUGGAGAUGGCAGCUGCCGAGGCGCUGCUGGACGAGCGUCUACCCGACCUGCCCGCCCAACCUCAUGACAACAAUACAUAUACUUUCGGUGUCUGUCACGGCCACCGCGUUGUUAUUGCUAGUCUACCGUCUGGGGUUUACGGGACUAAUCCUGCAGCGGUCAUAGCUACUGAAGUCCGCAUACGUUUCCCAUCUCUUCGGUUUGGACUGAUGGUCGGAGUGGGCGGAGGGGUGCGUGACGCUGGAGUUCGGCUCGGGGAUGUUGUCACUCCGGGCAGCACAUCUGCAAAAGCCGAGUCGGGUCUCGGAGUUAGUCUCAAAAGUCCUUGCGGUAAACCCUUGUAUGGCGGCUACUUUUCGGUGUCCGCAAUCAUCAGAAGAUACGCUAAGUGGGGGAAUGCGAGCGUGGAACAGCCAUGUGGAAUUCACUACGGCUUGAUCGCAUCAGGUAACAUGGUCGUCAAGGACGGAAAGCUCCGGGAUAAAAUUGCAAAGAAAUAUGGUAUUCUGUGCUUUGAGAUGGAAGCUGCUGGCUUGAUGGAUAAUUUCCCAUGCCUUGUUAUCCGAGGAAUCUGCGACUACGCUGACACGCACAAGAAGAAAGACUGGCAAGGCUAUGCCUCCUUGACGGCAGCUGCCUACGCGAAAGAGCUCCUCGCUGUGAUCCCGACGCAUUCUGUUCUAGAGACCCCAACUGCCGCGUUAAGCCUGGACUGGCAGAUUGGUAAUGACUCUUCGAGAAGGGAGCCAUUAUCCAGUGGUUGGGUCAGCAAGUCGAGGUUCGCUUUUGAUGACGAUUUUCUGGCGCGUAUCACACGCUACGAUCACGAAAGAGUACACCAGCGGCUUUCACGGAAAAGGCUCCUUGGAACUACACAAUGGUUCUUAGAUCACCCGGAAUUUCAGGCCUGGUUUUCUAACAGGGCCUAUCCUUGGCUAUGGUGCUCUGGUAAGAUAGGUUCUGGGAAAUCCAUUAUUGCAGCCACCGCAAUUGAAGAAGCGCGUAGAAAGUCGUUGCAACCCCAUGCCCCUAUCAUUUUCUUUUACUGCGACGUGCAAUAUGAUUCGGAUCUAUCUCAGUUGCUCUCGAGCCUCAUACGUCAACUGACAGAAUUCAUCAUCAAGAGGGCUCAACCAUUCUCGGAAAACGGCCAAAAAAUGCUGCAAAGAUAUUUCGGAAGCGAAAGGGAAGUUCCGGAUAUUGAUGAUUUGGAGGACAUAUUUGCUAUUUUGUCUUCUGAUGUGUCAAAUGCCACCUAUGUAAUAGAUGGCCUUGAUGCGUUGGAACAGGCAGACGCAAGGCGUCUCCUUACUUGCUUUCGAUCACUAUGCCGAACCGGCGGGGAUAAAGCCAUAGGCCCACGGCUACUCAUCUUCAGCAGAGAAUACUUUGUGGGAGGCACAAGUGUCGCGACAUACCUUCCAAAAGUACCUCAGAUCUCCACGACUUACAAUGUGUUACAAGAUAUCCAAGUCUACAUAAGAGAAAGUAUUGCAGACCGAAUGGUGCUUCAACCGCUUACUGAAGACAAUCGGCUUAUCAGGGAUAUGGAAAAUAUUUUACUGCAAGAGUCUUCGGGAAUGUUUCUGUGGGUUUAUCUGCAAAUCGAGGUUAUUUGGUACACUUGUGCCACCGAGCAAGAAAUACGUGUCGCUUUAGCAACCUUACCAAAGGGUCUUGAGGAAACAUACCAGCGCUGUUUGAAGAGGAUAAAUGUCACGAUCUUCGUGCUAUCAGAACACUUAUUUGGGUUCGCUUCAGUGCACGACCGCUUCAUUGUGAAGAACUGCAGGAGGCAGUAG